CGCGUUCAGUCGUCAGUCAGUGGUGAAAUUUCAAAAAACCGUCGCCGAUCAAGCACGAAGACAGCUCACACACCACACACCACACACCACACACACCACCACACCGUUCAUCCCUAUCGCAUCGCAUCGCAUCGCAUCCACCAUGCCACCGCGUCGCGGGAAGAAGAAGCGGCCCACGGGACCACCAAAGGUCAGCGCCACGGGCGAGCGCGUGCAGUUCAACCGCACCUUGUCGGUGAUGAUUGGUGAGCGCAUUGGCGCCGGUGGAUUUGGCGUCAUCUACAAAGGCACGCGCUACGACAAGGAAAAGUUCGUUGGACCAGUCGUCGUCAAAAUGGAGCACGCCUUCAGCACGGGCUUGUUCUCUGAAAUGAAAUGCCUGGAGCGUCUGCAGUUGGUUGAAUGGCACAGCAAAGCGCACACAAAGUGGGUCAAGACGUCUUCGCUGAAGCACUUUCCCUUCGCCGUCAUGCACGCGUGCAGCGUGGAGACGCUCAAAGGCGACGAGUACCGCUUCAUGGCCAUGCACGCGUGUGGAUCAAGCGUUGCCCGCCUCAUCUCCUCCGCCAACAACAACGUCGUCAACUCCAAGAUCCCAACAGCGUCUGCGCUGGCCAUCACACUGCAGAUGCAGGAGGCGCUGCGUUAUGUGCAUGAGCGCGGAUACAUCCACGGCGACCUCAAGCCAGAGAACAUCUGCAUCGACGAACAGCACCCUGGCCGCGUCUAUCUCAUCGACUUUGGCUGCUGCGAACUCUUCGAUGCCAGUGGCGGCAGCAUGACCAGGCACGAGCCAUAUGAGGUGUUGCCUGCACGCAAACACGACGGCACGCUCGAGUUCACAGGCGUCGACGCCCACGCCGGCGCCAAGUUGUCGCGUCGUGGUGAUCUUGAGAUGCUCUGCUACGUCCUCCUGCAGUUUCUCCUCGGCGAACCAAGCUGGUUUCCCAUCUGUGCAAAGGUCACAGAUAAGACCCGCAAUGCCGCCGGUGACAAAGUCGAGGCGCAGAAACGCAAGCUGUUUGACUACCCCGGCGCAUCUGGCAUGACGACAGCAGCCAUCACCGCUGCACGCAACCACCUCCAUGCUCUCAUCGGAAGCCACCCUGGCACAGAUGCUGUUGCUGAUGUGUUUGCACACGUCAUGUCGCUCAAGUAUGACGAGAAGCCAGACUACUCUCGCCUCACAGCUGUCCUUCAAGCAGGGCUCAAAGCUGCCAAGUCCAAGCUUGAGGCUCCGCUCCAGUUCAGCGCAGAUGUCGAGAACGUGAAGCCGCCCCGUACUGCUGCUGCAUCGUCAGCGAAAAAGGCCAAGCGAACACCAAGCGCAACAGCCAAGACAACAGCACGGCGUACAGGCGGAAGGACAACGGCAGCAGCAAAACCAGCACCAGCACCAGCACCAGCAACAGUGGUGCUGGAUGACGAGGAAGAUGAGGAGGACGUGGUGCCAGUCAAGGCAGCUGCCAAGAGGAAGCCGAGGGCAGCAAAGUCAAGGUCAAGGGUGUCUCGCAGCAAGCCCAGGGCAGCGACAGUCGUGAUGGACGACGACGAUGAGGACGACGACGAUGAUGAUGGUGAUGCUGGUGACGAGGACUAUGUGCCUGAAGUUCCCCGCGUGCGAACCAAGCGGAGCACGAAAGCCGUGGUGUCAAAGACAAAGACAGUCACAACACCAACAUCGCCGCGCCGGUACCUUGCGCCCGUCAACACCACGGUGACGCCCCCGCACGCCAAGCCCGUGCGCAAGCGCAGCAGCAAGUCCAGCAAGUCCAGCCAGUCCAGCCAGUCCAGCCAGUCAAUUGCACCCAAGCAGCAGGAGGACCUGGUCUUCAUGUACGAUGACGAUGCGAUGGACGUCUAUGAUGAUGACGAUGGUGGCGAGGGCUGCUGCGUGGUCAUUGACGAGGACGUGGACAGCGUUGCCGUGGCAGGUGGUUUUGCUCCGCGCCGCAGUGGCCGCAUUGCCGCUCGCCCGUCUGCCCGCACUCGUCGCACAAACGGGGGCAAGAGGAAGCAGUCGUACCACGAGGCCUUGUUCGAACGCCACAAGAGCGUCAUGUCGUCACAUUGACCCGUUUAUAUGUGUUUGCUUGUGGGUUGUUGUCUGCUGCCGCUAUGUCUGGCGGUUCUUGUGCUGUGGUGUUUCGUUGUUUGGCACAGCUUCACGUUCAGAGAGCAAGUGAUGUGACUGGCUGACAUUGUUUCAUUAAACGGUGUGAUGUGACAGA